UUAUGGUAACAAUCAGCUGUUCAUAAUGAUAACAGCUCGCACUGCUGAUUCUAUUUAGUUGUUUACGUUGAUUAUUGGUUUUAUAUUAAUUAAAAAUGUCAGCUUUGCUUCUUUUGCGAACCUGUCGAAGUCCAACAAUUGCUGGCAUCUACAAAUACGCAUACCAAGGAACAACUGUUGCGAAUCACACAUACAAUCAUCGUCUGGCGUCCACAGAAGCGGCUGCCGCGAGUGUCCAACUGGCAAAUGCCGGUGGAUUAGUGGGAUAUUGGCAGACCUUGUCCAACAGCACGCCGGUGGCCUAUAUGCAGGAUGUCCUCAUUAAGAUCCACGACUACAGCGGCCUGCCCUGGUGGGCGUCCAUCGUGCUGUCCACUGUCCUUUUCCGGAGCGUGGUCACCUUGCCUUUGACCAUUUAUCAGCACAAAAUCACCGCCAGAAUCGAGAAGAUAGCGCUGGAGAUGCCGGCCAUUGUGGAGGAACUGAAAAAAGAGGCAGCCAUGGCCAAGCACAAGUUCAAGUGGAGCGAAAAGCAGACUCAGAUUGUUUAUCGGCGUUCGAUCAAGAAGCAGUGGCAGAACCUUAUAGUUCGGGAUAACUGCCAUCCCAUGAAGACCAUGAUUGUGCUAUGGGGUCAGAUUCCCCUGUGGAUCUUCCAAUCCGUGGCUCUGCGCAAUCUAGUGUACAUGCUGCCGGAUCCCACGUCCAUUCAAGCUCAAAUCGUGACCACCGAAAUGACCGUUGGCGGAUUUGGUUGGAUACCAAACCUCACGGUGGUGGACAACUCCUAUAUCCUGCCUGUAGCAUUAGGUCUCAUCAACUUGGCCAUCAUUGAAGUGCAAACCAUGUCCAGAACUCGUCCUUCCACUCGCUUGCAGAACAUCGCCAACAAUGUGUUCCGUGGAUUGAGUGUUGUGAUGGUUCCAGUAGCCUGUACAGUGCCUUCAGCUAUAUGUGUAUACUGGGUAGCUUCCAGCAGUUUUGGCCUUGCUCAAAAUCUGCUCAUCCUCUCGCCGGAAGUGCGACGAUCUGUGGGAAUUCCCAAAACACAAACGGAACUCAGUGAUCCGUACGAUCUGCUCUGGCUAAAAAUACAGCAGAGGCUAGGACUUGCCGAGAGGCCACCGGCUGAUAAGCCGGCAGCCAAAUGAUCUAGUCUCGUAGUAAUACG